AGCCCAUUUCCAUUCCAUUCCUCCCUCCUUCACAAAUCUCUGCAACUUCAAAUUCCAUCCAUCACCAACAACAAUAAAGCUUCAAUCUUUGAACAAAUUUUUGCCUCCUGAGCUUAGCACUCGCAUUCAAAUUUCAUUUUCACCUUCUUCAUCCAGAUCUCAUAAAACGAUAAAGAUGAAUCCAGACGCUGUAAAGUCCACUCUCACCAAUCUAGCAUUUGGUAACGUAAUUGCAGCAGCUGCUCGUAAUUAUCAAAAAGAAUUGCUUAGUGAAGAGAAGGCAGCACAAUCGAGUUCUAUAAACGAGGAGGUUGACCUUGAUGAUUUGAUGGAUGAUCCCGAAUUGGAAAAAUUGCAUGCGGACAGGAUUGCGGCUUUUAAGAAAGAAGCAGAGAAACGGGAGGCGUGGAAGAAGAAAGGUCAUGGUGAAUUUAGGGAGGUAACUGAAGGGGAUUUCUUGGGUGAAGUCACUGGAAGUGAAAAAGUGAUCUGCCAUUUCUAUCAUAAGGAAUUCUACCGAUGCAAGAUAAUGGAUAAGCACUUAAAGUCCCUUUCAACAAAGCAUAUUGAUACGAAGUUCAUCAGGCUUGAUGCAGAGAAUGCCCCGUUCUUUGUUGCAAAAUUGGCAAUCAAGACUUUGCCUUGUGUCAUACUGUUCAGACAAGGAGUUGCAGUAGAUAGAUUGGUAGGGUUUCAAGAUCUUGGAGCAAAAGAUGAUUUUUCCACAAGAGCAUUGGAGGUUCUGCUGAUAAAGAAAGGUAUUAUUGCUGAGAAAAAAGACGUGGAUGAAGAAGAUCAAGAAUACGAUGAAAGUAAACGUAGAUCCGUUAGAUCUUCGGCGGCUGCUGAUUCUGAUUCUGAUUCUGAUUAAAAUGAAUCAUCCGGCGGCAUCAUGAAAGAAAUAGAGUGGAGUUUGUUUUGUCCAAUAUCCUCUUGGAUUUCUGGCUUGUAUAAUCGCUGUUACAUUUUCUUGUUUGCUUAUAACUUAUAAGGGCUUUUUAAUGUAUUACAUUCCUAGGUUUACUAUAAAAAUGUAUUGCAUUUCCUAGGUAGAGUGUAACACCACUUCUGUAUGAACCUGUUUAUGCACCAACUCCCACCCAAAAGGUUGUCAAAUGUUGGAGCUUCAUUUGUAACGAAGGAGGCUUUUUUUUUUCUUCCUUUCAAAAA